AACUGUUCCUGCGCACAACUUUGGACUCUCCUAAACAAAGGCCCAGUCAGUCUGCUCGCUGCCUUUCCUCAUCCAUUACCAUCGACAACACAGUUGUCUACUCUCAACGCCUCUUCUACAAUCACCUUCCACCAAGCCGUGAAUUGGUAACUUCGCAGACUCAAUCAAAAUGCGCGGAGAAGUCUGCCACCUGCAUAUUGGGCAGGCAGGUACUCAGUUGGGUAAUGCAGCUUGGGAAUUAUACCUUCUCGAGCACGGCCUGAAGGCUGAUGGUCGCCCUGACCCCGAAGCCAGUGUCGGCGAUCCUGGAUCCUUCGAGACCUUCUUCACCGAGACUGGAAAUAACAAGCAUGUCCCGCGUUCCAUCUUCGUUGAUCUCGAUCCUUCCCCGAUCGAUGAAAUCCGAACCGGUGCCUACCGACAUCUCUUCCACCCGGAACUCCUGAUCAGUGGCAAGGAAGACGCGGCAAACAACUAUGCAAGAGGACAUUACACCAUUGGUAAAGAGCUUGUUGACGAUGUUUUGGACAAGAUUCGUCGCGUUGCCGACAACUGCACUUCUCUGCAAGGUUUCUUGAUCUUCCACUCGUUUGGUGGUGGUACCGGUUCUGGAUUUGGAGCUCUCCUCCUUGAGAGACUGUCCGUCGACUAUGGAAAGAAGUGCAAGCUGGAGUUCGCCGUCUACCCUGCACCUCAAGUCUCUUCCUCUGUGGUUGAGCCCUACAACGCGGUUCUCUCCACCCAUAGCACCAUUGAGCACGCCGACUGCACUUUCCUGGUUGACAACGAGGCCGUGUACGAUAUCUGCCGUCGCAAUCUGGACAUUCCUCGACCAGACUACGAACACCUCAACCGUCUCAUUGCUCAAGUUGUCUCGUCUGUUACCUCCAGCUUGAGAUUCGAUGGUGCUCUCAAUGUCGACUUGAACGAGUUCCAGACCAACUUGGUGCCAUAUCCUCGCAUCCACUACCCUCUCAUCAGUUACGCGCCUGUCGUGUCCACCAAGCGCUCCUCUCAUGAAAGCUUCAAGGUACACGACCUCACUUUGCAAUGCUUCGAACCCAGCAACCAGAUGGUUGUUUGCGAUCCUCGUAACGGCAAAUACAUGGCUGUGGCACUUCUCUACCGGGGGGAUGUGGUACCUCGUGACACUAAUGCUGCCAUUGCCUCGCUCAAGGCCAAAUCCAGCUUCCACCUGGUCGACUGGUGUCCCACUGGCUUCAAGGUCGGCAUCAAUUACCAACCUCCUAUGCCCGUCCCAGGUGGUGAACUCGCCAAGGUUGAUCGCUGUGUUAGCAUGCUCUCCAACACUACUGCCAUUGCCGAAGCCUGGAGCCGACUUGAUCAUAAGUUCGACCUCAUGUACUCCAAACGUGCCUUCGUCCAUUGGUAUGUCGGUGAAGGUAUGGAAGAGGGUGAAUUUUCAGAAGCCCGUGAAGAUCUUGCUGCACUCGAAAAGGACUACGAAGAGGUGGCCAGUGACAGCCUGGAAGCUGAGGAUGAUGGUGGUGUCGAGUACUAAGCUACACCAGCUCGUCCCACACUUUCAACGACGCACGACAUGACAUACAGUCCACACAGAAACCAAGCCCCAACGAAACAUGAACCCCCAAAAGAUUGCCUGAAAUUUCCAAAGAGUGCCAAUGCGGCCUUUGAAGCCGAGAACCUUGUCCUGGAGGGUAUUCCCAGAGAGCAUUUCGAUCACAGAAUGGCUUGAACGAGGUACGAGAGCAUGAAAGUUGAUGCACAGAUUGAGAAUUAGCACACUUGUAUUGGCACUUCAGAUUGGAGAUCUGGAACUUGGUGACAUGAUUUCGCUUUGAUUCUUGCAAAUGCAUAGCCUUGCUAGCGAGCUUGUAGUAAGAUAGAAUACUACUCGACUUGUCCAAAUGACUAACCUCGUACGGUGUUG